AUGCUUUACACAUCUAUUCUCGUUGCUCUUGUUCCUUUCGCAGUGGCUGGUCCCAUUGCUCCCCGAACCGGCCUUGGUGGUGGACUCCCUGGCCUCGGAGGCGGCUCUGGCUCUGGCCUCCCUAGCCUUCCUGGUCUUGGAGGUGGUUCUGGCUCUGGUCUCCCCAGUCUUCCUAGCCUUGGAGGCGGCUCUGGUGGUCUACCCAAGCUUCCCGGCCUAGGAGGUGACUCUGGUUCUGGCUCCGGUCUGCCCGGUCUUCCCGGCCUUGGUGGUGGUUCCGGUUCUGGUCUCCCCAGUCUCCCUGGUCUUGGAGGCGGUUCUGGAUCUGGUGGUUUGCCUAGCCUCCCUGGUCUUGGAGGCGGCUCUGGCUCUGGCGGUCUCCCCAGCAUCCCCGGACUCGGAGGAGACGACUCCUCAGACGAUACCCCCAGCGCCACUGCCCCCAGCGUUGCGGCCCCCACUGCUUCCCCUCAGACCUCUCCUACUGCCCCUAGCAGCUCUACCGGAGGAUCUGCUGAUGCGGAUGGCUCUGCGGCUCGCCGUGGUGUCUUUGAUGGCGCUUCGUCCGGAGGCGCAUCGGACUCUCCCUUUGGUAACUUCCUGGGCGGUGCUGGUGGCUCUUCUUCAGGCGGCUCUUCCGGAGGCUCUUCCGGAGGUGCGGCUGCUUCUCCCUUUGGUAGUUUCCUAGGCGGUGCUGGUGGCUCUACUAUGAACGACCUCAGCGGCGAGUGCAAGGACGUAACUGUCAUCUUUGCCCGUGGUACUACUGAGGCUGGUAACGUCGGCACCGCUGCUGGACCUCCCUUCUUCAAGGCCCUUGCUGAGAAGAUUGGCCAGGACAAGCUCGCCGUUCAGGGUGUCGACUACAGCGCCAGCAUUGCUGGCAUUAUGCAGAUGGGCGACAAGGCCGGUUCUGAGAAGAUGGCGAGCCUUGUCACGGAGGCUGCUAAGAAGUGUCCCAAGACCAAGAUUGUCAUGUCUGGAUACUCUCAGGGAGCCAUGCUGGUGCACAACGCUGCCAGGGCUCUUCCUGCCGAGACCACAGCCAAGGUUGCUGCUGUUCUCAACUUUGGCGACCCUUUCCAGAGACAGGCCAUCCAGGGCGUCUCGGCCGAUAGGGUCAAGAUCAUCUGCCACGCAGGCGAUGGUGUUUGCGCCGGUACUGCUGCUAUCACACCCGACCACCUUACCUACAGCAAGGAUGCUGGCGCUGCUGCUGAUUUUGUUGCCAGCAAGGUGCAAUAA